AUGACCAGCAAGCCAUCUUUUACGCUUCUCAGCUUAGCCGAAACCGCAAAAUUUUAUACUUCACUAUGCCUGGGUACCACUGCCUUUGUAUCAGUAUUUGCAUUUCUCUUCCUCAUACCAUUCGUAGUAGACCCAUCUAUUACAAGUUUAAUGGCAGAUUAUGAUACUGAACCAGUGACGUGUGUAGCAACUAACCAUGUUUAUGCUGAAGGAAUAUCUAACUGUAGCUGGGCUUCAUGCCGAGAAGGUUGCACCAGAGAAGCAACUAGAUGCCAUCAAAUUCACGUCAAUUACUCCAGAGUACCCUUUCGUAAAUAUAAUAAAGACAAAAUUGUCCACUGGGAAGUGACUAACACGCGCUUUUUGAUUAAUACCGAAGGUUGUGGGUAUCCUCCUUCAGUAAAUUGCUCUCAAUUUGCUAAGCAGUAUGGAUAUAAUACGGCCGGUACUCCAUUUCCUUGUUAUUAUAGCAGAAUGUAUCCAGAAUUUGUAGUUUCUCGUUACUCUUGGGAUGACACGUUAAGAAACCUCGUGCUGUCUCUAGCAAUUCCUAACUUGCUUUUUAUCGCCUCUGUUGGGUUAUUAAGUUACUGGUAUUGUCCCGGCUGUGGGCGGUCAUGUCAAAAGUAUAUGCACCAUUUUCCUGAUAAGUAAGUUCCUGUAAAGGAAAAUGAUACAGCAUAGAUUAAAUUAAUGUUUUCUUAUGUACAAAAUUUUAAUGGUAGUUUAUUGCCAGUUAUGUUGUGGUUAAAAAUGAUUUAUUAAUAAUGGUUCUUUUAGCAUAGUAUCUAAGUAAAUUAUUAAGAACAAACAAACCUAAUAAUUAGAUUAUAAUACGAUCAUUUUUGCUAGAUAAUAUUAUCUAACAAACAUAAAAUUCGAAUAAUAAACAAAAAAUUAUAUUUAGAUAAAAUUUCCAUGGAUUGACAAGCUAUUGUAAAGCAAUCAUAAAUAAGCAUUUCCAUUAUCUUUAGAGAUAGGUCUAACUGUCUAAAAGCUUUAACUGAUAGAAAUUGUUUAAACUGUUUUCUGUAAUAAAUAAGUACGUGUAAAUAUUUUUUUUAAUCGGAAAAGUUAUUUUAUUUGGUGGACUCCAUGACAACUUUGCAACCAAAUUUAACCAAAAUGGCUAAAUUACAAAAUAAUAGAACGAAACUCAAAAAAUUUACAAAUAUAAUAACCGGACAUCUUAAAACUUAUGACAAAAACUAUGAGUGGUUAAUAACCAAUGUUAUGUUGGGCCGAUGCAUUCGAAAUCCGUGAUAAACUUAUGCGUGUUACUGAUGUAAAAGUUCCAUUCAUUACUCUAAGCAGGAAGACUGUUUGGCCACCCUAUAUACAGAGGUUUUCUUAUUAGUUAUGAUGUAAACUAUAUAAGUUGCUAAAGGCUAUUCUGAUCAAAAAAUUCAUAUUAUAAUAUGAAGUCCAAUUCCCCGCCGUCCUCGAAUAUUCAUGUUAUAAUUAUAGACAUUUAAAUAGAUUUAUAAAAUAGAAUUUUAAUUCUUACAUUUUAGGUACAUUUUUUCACUGUGUUGUCUUGAGAUACAAAUACAAUAUAUAUAGUAGAUUCUUUUAAAUUAUUCCUAACUUUUAGAAAUUAGUUCCCUGGGUUCUCCAAAUGAAAAAUCAAUAAUCCCACUACUUAAGGGAUUUUUGUAUUUAGGAUAUUUUGUAUGUGACAAAAACAGGAUUUUUUGUUAAAGUCAUCAAAAUAAUCAGUUCCAUCAGAAUGGAAUAUAACUUAUAAGUCAUCCUGUAUAUAAGUUUUAGGCACAGAUAUAGAAGAAAGUAACCUACCCAUAUGAAAAGCAUUUUUUGCUAAACUUUCCGAGUUUUGUCCAAGAGGUUUUAAUAGAGUUUAAUAAAACGUAGGAUACCUAGCGAGGGUAAAGUAGAGGAGACAAGUUUGUAGGUUUCUUGUACGGAGGCACGCAGUCAAAAAGUUUGCAAAAAGCAAUAAAAUAUUGGUCAUGUUUAAUUAGGAGUCCUGUAUUCCAUGAUCAAAACCACUAACAGUGACUCAUUAACUUAACUAGAAAGCAGUAGUAUAUAGAGACAUCAAAAUCUGUAGUCAAAUAUAAAUUUUCAUCAUAUUUAUUCUUUAUUCUUUCAUUCCUUCACCUCACAGCUAUUAUUUUAUUAUUUUUGUGAUUCAAAUCCUUCCUAUAGCACACAUGACUAAAGUAACUAUACUUUUUUACCUUACCAUCUUGAGAGGCACUUAAAAGAACCACAAAUAGAUGUUAGUGGUUCUUGGGUUUCUGUUUUUUUCAGAGAGGCAUAAUUAUACAUACAUACUAUAACCUCAACCCCUUAGCGGGGGCGGUAUUCACUUUUAUUUUUUUAAAUGGGAAGGGGUUUAUGUGAUACAUAAUUUGAAAGAACAUUAAAGUUUAUUUAAAAUAUCGCUUCGCUUUAUAAUUUUGAGCUACGAUUUGUCUGGAAAUAACAUGUAUUUUUAUUGUCCUCCUUAAACACAAAAUGAUACGGAUCCGAGGAUUUUUUAACUUUUAACGUUAAAAGCAGUAAGCCUUGCUGGAUUGUUUUCGAUGAGCAUAUUAAUUUGUUUCUUUACAGGCACUAUCACUUUUUGUUGGCCGUAUUUAAAGUAACUUUAUUCUGUAUUAUUUCAGACUUAUAUAUUCCUUUUAUUCAUGUAUUUUUGUGUAUAAAAUUAGUUUAGAUACAAGAAAAUCACAUGGUAGUAAAGUUGUUAAAUGUCCGUUAGAAAUUUCAUCACACGAUUAAUAUUUUAACUAAUAGGAAGUGAUAAGAAGAGGCAAAUGAUACAAUAAUUCCCAAAUCAAAGUCCCAAUUGAAGAGGCUAGUCUUACUUUCUUUCAAAUUAAUUUUUUUUAGGUCAUAAGAGAUGUUGUCCGCUAUAAUAAUAUAGUUUUAAAUGUUAUGUAAGUGAAGAAUGUAGCAUGUGCAACAGAUAAGGUUAAGAUCUUACAAGACUUUAGAAGAUAAGACUGGUGGAAAGACAAAAUCGAUGUAGUUUAUUUUUUAAUGUAAACAAUUCUAUUUGUUUAUUAGAUAUUAUUAGAUUUCUUUCUUCUUUAGUAGAAUACUUUGGAAAAAAUAUUGUUACUAAUUAUGCAAUAUGUUCUUUCUUAAAACUGAAACUAAUCGAAAGAUGUACCUUGUUCUAGCUUAUUAAAAGUAAAUGUUGUUGGUAUUAAAUCUAAAGGCAACCGAAUAAAGGAAAAGAAACUUGUAUAUAUCUCUUUACUUUAUCAAUACAAAAUAAAUAAAUAAAAUAAGCCUUGUUAGCUUUGCCACCAGCCAUUUGUUUAUUAACGUCACUAAUAAAUAUCAAUUUUGUAUUACUUUCAUCAUUAAAUAGUAUAGAAAAUAUUUAAUUAAGAAUAGUUUAAAACUUGGUUAAAAGUUAUUUUAUAUUAUGUUUAGGACCUUUAAUCGGCUAAAGAAACAAUCUUAUAGAGAAGGCCAUAUAAAGCUUAAGAAAAUAAUAUUAAUUUAUUUUUAUUAUUCUUAUAUUAUGGGUAAGAACCUGAAAAAAGUUACAUGUUAGAUUACUACACAUUUGUGUCGCAGGAUGAGCGAAUUUAUACGUAAAAAUUACAAAAAAUGUUGGGGUUGAAAUUUGACUGUUUGGCAUCCAGAUUAAACAAUAAAUUUUAGCAUAUUUUUAUUUUUUUUAAAUAAAGCAUGCCUUGAUACGAGCAUUUUUUUAAAUUUUAUGAGUAGGUAAAGUAGUAUGUCUAGGCAAGAUAUAAAAAAGUUUAUAAAAAAAAGUUAUUUAGAAUGCAAAAUUAUGCCCGAAUACCGAAUUUCAUAACCAUAUGCCUACUUUGAUUUUUACGUUUAAAUUAUUUAAUUAUUUAUUCUCCCUUUUUUAAAGGUUUAAAUAAAAACCAAAUAAAUAUUAAUAGUUAAAAUAGUGAAAAUUAUUGCCCUUGUUCUAAUUCUGUUUAGGAUCGGUACGAAUUUUUUGCUCGGGAAUGCAUACCCCUUAUUAUAUUGGGUUGUUUUUUGCUGCAUUUACGAGUUUUUGUCGAACACUUUAAAAUAUUAAAAUUCUCAGUUAAAUGAGGCAGCUGAAUGACCACUAUAAAACAUUGUCACUGUCAAAGUUUUGUACAAAAAACGUACUUAAAUCUUAUUGUAAAGUUAUCGGCGGUGCUGAACAUAAGCAAAUCUGAAUUACAAAGAACUUUUAGCAUUAUGAUGCCAACAAUAUUAAAGCAUUUAAACCAAGGUACUUUAAAACAUACUUUAGAAAAGGGGGAUGAAGCGCGCCGUUUAUUAUUUUCUUCUAGGUUAGGUGAUAACAUUUUACGGAUUUUCAUAAAAAAAUAAUAUUCUCGGACGAAUCUACUUUCAUUACAAAUGGUGUAAUUUCAUCCCGAAAUUGUCGAUUUUGGUCCAAUGAAACGCCAAAAUUUGUAAUCCAUGGCAAGAAGCAAUAUUUUCAACGUUAGGUGCGCCAUAUCGUACCAUUUAGGUAUUAUUGGACCAUACUUUAUUGAAGGAUCUCUUAAUCAAGAAACGUAUUUUCAGCGCACUCCACUAUUUGAGUAGCAGAAUGGUUGAAUAGAACUUUUCGAAAUCAAUGAAUUGGAAGACGCGGCCCAAUUGAGUGGCCGCGACGGUCACCUGAUUUAACCAUUUCUGAUUCCUAUUAUGGGGUCGGUUCAAGCAAAUUGUUUAUUCCGAGCCAUUACCAAAUGACAGGGAAUUAAAACAAAGAAAAUUAAAAAAAUAAUUAAAACAAAAAAUUACUAAAACAAAGAAUCAGAGAUGCUUGUAAUUCAAUUUCCAUUGAAGAAACUGGAAAUUCUUUUAAAAUGUUUAGGAAAGAUAUUGAAAAAUGUUUCGACAUUGAAUAAAUUUAAAAUAAAUAAUAAAAUGAAAUUUUCUUGUUAAAUUAGACGUACUAUGUAUAUUUUAUUACAAACAUAUUUUUAAGGAUGGUUUGUAACUCUUAGAUCAGUGAUGUAACUAUUAGAUAAAUAAAUUAGUUAGUUUUUCUCUAAUAAUUAAAUGUGAAUAAAAAAUUGUAUUGGUACACCAAAUGUAAAAAUCAAAGUAGGCCUAUGGUUAUGAAAUUUUUGGUACUCAGGCAUAAUUUUGCAUU